UUAUUCGAGUUCCUUUAAUUUAUUUUGCCCCCACCACAGCCCUUCAUAGACACACACUAAUUCCUAUAAAUUCAUAAGAAUGUUGCAACAUUGUUCAAUGCCAUGAAACAAAGCUAGCUGAUUUUGAAAGCAAUCGAAAACAAAGCUAAAAAAACCAAGUGGGUCUAAGAAUCUCACUAUUGUUUGUUGCUCAAAAUAAAAUGAGUGGGGAACACAAUAAAAAGGGUAUAGAUAUGAUUAAUAAGGAAAAUAAGAAGAACAUGAAUGGGUCUAUUUGGUCAAUUUUCAUGCAUGCCGAUAGAGAAGAUUUGUUCCUUAUGGUUUUAGGUAUCAUUGGAGCAAUUGGUGAAGGCUUCACCACACCUUUGAUUUUGUAUCUAUCUAGCCGCAUGAUGAAUAAUAUUGGGAGUUCAUCUACCAUGGAUGGAAACACUUUCAUUCAUAACAUCAAUAAGAAUGCAGUUGCUUGGUUAUAUUUAGCCAGUGCAACUUUUGUUGUUUGCUUCCUUGAGGGCUAUUGUUGGACAAGAACAAGUGGGAGACAAGCUGCUAGAAUGAGAUAUAGGUAUCUGAAAGCAGUUCUUAGACAAGAAGUUGCUUAUUUUGACUUGCAAGUCACAAGUACUUCUGAGAUUAUCACUAGUGUCUCCAAUGAUAGUCUCAUAAUUCAAGAUGUUCUCAGUGAGAAGGUACCAAAUUUCUUGAUGAACAUUUCUCUGUUCAUUGGGAGCUACAUAGUGGCAUUUACAAUGCUAUGGAGAUUAGCAAUUGUAGCUUUUCCAUUUUUGAUUUUUCUAGUGAUCCCUGGUUUAAUCUAUGGCAAAACAUUGAUGAGUUUAGCAAGCAAGAUUAGGGAAGAGUAUAAUCGAGCUGGUAUAAUUGCAGAACAAACAAUAUCUUCAAUCAGAACCGUUCAUUCAUUUGUUGGGGAAAAUAAAUCAAUGAUUGCAUUUUCUGAUGCUUUAGAAGGAUGUGUUAAAUUGGGUUUAAAACAAGGUUUGGCUAAAGGUUUAGCAAUUGGAAGCAAUGGUAUUGUUUUUGCCAUUUGGUCUUUUGUGUGUUAUUAUGGUAGUAAAUUGGUGAUGUACCAUGGUGCUAAAGGAGGGACAGUUUUUGCAGUUGGAGCAAGCAUAACUGUUGGUGGACUAGGAUUAGGGGCAAGUUUAUCCAACAUAAAAUAUUUGUCAGAAGCAAUUUCAGCUGGUGAACGCAUAAAAAGGGUAAUAGAAAGAGUUCCGAUGAUAGAUUCUGACAACACAACAGGAGAAACAUUAAACAACAUUUCUGGGGAAGUGGAAUUUGACCACAUAGACUUUGCAUACCCAACAAGACCAGAAACCAUUAUCCUUAAAAAUUUAUGUCUCAAAAUUCCAGCAGGUAAAACAGUUGCAUUAGUUGGUGAAAGUGGUUCAGGGAAAUCAACGUUGAUAUCGCUAUUACAGCGAUUUUAUGAUCCAAUUGGGGGAGAGAUACGUGUUGAUGGAGUGAGUAUUCAUAAAUUAAAGAUUAAAUGGUUAAGGUCGAUUAUGGGGUUGGUUAGUCAAGAGCCUGCUCUUUUUGCAACAAGUAUUAAAGAGAAUAUAGUUUUUGGUAAGGAAGAUGCUAAUGAUAAUGAGAUUCUUGAGGCUGCUAAGAUUUCUAAUGCUCAUGAUUUCAUUAAGUUGCUUCCUCAUGGUUAUCACACCCAGGUCGGAGAAAGAGGUGUUCAAUUAUCAGGCGGACAAAAACAGAGAAUAGCAAUUGCGCGGGCAAUAAUCAAGAAGCCACGAAUCCUUCUUUUAGAUGAAGCAACAAGCGCGUUAGACACUGAAUCAGAACGACAUGUUCAACAAGCACUCGACAAUGCAACAACCGGUUGCACCGCCAUCAUCAUCGCCCACCGUCUCUCCACAAUCCAAAACGCCGACGACAUCGCCGUCAUGCGCGACGGUAAAGUAACCGAAAUCGGGUCACACGAGCAACUUCUCCAAAAUAGUAACGGCUUUUAUUCUUCCCUCGUCCGCCUUCAACAACUGAAUGAAUCCAAAACAGAAUCAGAGGAAACCGUUACAACAACUUUCACGCGCUCGGUGGACCCUACCAAUUCAGUUGAAAAUGAAAACGUGGAUAUAAAGAUGGAAAUUGAAAUGCGUAAUACGGCGUCGUUUUGGAGAUUACUUUUAUUAAAUGGUCCUGAAUGGAAACAAGCGGUUAUGGGGUGUUUGAAUGCAAUGGUAUUUGGUGCGGUUCAACCUGUUUAUGCAUUUGCAAUGGGAUCAAAUAUAUUUGUGUAUUUUAAUUCGGAUUAUGAGGAGAUCAAAAACAAGACUAGGGUUUAUUCACUUUGCUUUUUGGGACUUUCUUUGAUCUCUUUGGUGGUUAAUGUUGGACAGCACUAUAACUUUGGUUACAUGGGAGAGUACUUGACUAAACGUGUGAGGGAAAGCAUGCUUUCUAAGAUACUUACUUUUGAAAUUGGAUGGUUCGAUAGAGAUCAAAACUCUACUGGUGCUCUUUGUUCUCGUCUUGCCAAUGAUGCUAAUGUGGUGAGGUCAUUAGUUGGUGAUAGAAUGGCUUUGUUGGUACAAACUUUCUCAGCAGUUGUAACAGCAUACACUAUGGGUCUAGUCAUUUCAUGGAGACUAACAAUUGUUAUGAUAGCUGUUCAACCUAUUAUAAUAGCUUGCUUUUACACAAGACGUGUACUACUAAAGAGUAUGUCAAGUAAGUCCAUUAAGGCCCAACAACAAAGUAGCAAAUUAGCUGCUGAAGCCGUUUCAAAUCUUAGAACCAUCACUGCUUUUUCUUCUCAAGAUAGAAUACUCAAAAUGCUUGAAACGGCCCAACAAGGCCCAAGUAAUGAGAAUUUUCGACAAUCGUGGUUCGCAGGUUUUGGGCUUGGGUUUUCGCAGUUCCUCACGUCUUGUUCUUGGGCCUUGAAUUUUUGGUAUGGAGGGAAGCUUAUUGCUGAUGGGAACAUAACAAGAAAAUCUUUGUUUGAGAGUUUUAUGAUUGUGGUGAGCACAGGUCGGGUUAUAGGUGAUGCUGGAAGCAUGACUAAAGACCUUGCUAAAGGUUCUAAUGUUAUGGACUCGAUUUUUGCCAUCCUAGACCGAUGUACAAAAAUCGAGCCUAACGACCCUAAUGGGUAUAAGCCCGAUACUUUAAUGGGCCAAAUUGAAUUUUGUGAUGUUCAUUUUGCAUAUCCAGCUAGGCUAAAUGUUGUUAUCUUUCAAGAUUUUUCAAUUAAAAUUGAAGCAAGGAAAUCAACCGCAUUAGUGGGACAAAGUGGAUCAGGAAAAUCAACAAUCAUAGCGUUAAUAGAGAGAUUCUACGAUCCAUUAAAAGGAAUCGUGACAAUAGAUGGAAUUAAUAUAAAAUCAUAUAACCUAAAGUCACUAAGAAAACACAUAGCACUUGUGAGCCAAGAGCCAACAUUGAUAAAUGGGACCAUAAGAGACAACAUUGCAUAUGGAACAACAUGUGACAACAUUGAUGAAAUUGAGAUCAUAGAGGCAGCAAGAGUAGCCAAUGCUCAUGAUUUCAUAGCUAGCUUAAAAGAUGGGUAUGAGACAUGGUGUGGGGACAAAGGGAUUCAACUUUCAGGUGGUCAAAAACAGAGGAUAGCAAUAGCAAGAGCCAUGUUGAGGAAUCCAAAGAUGUUGCUACUAGAUGAAGCCACAAGUGCAUUAGAUAACCAAUCAGAGAGGGUAGUGCAAGAUGCAUUGAAUAGAGUAAUGGUGGGAAGGACUAGUGUGGUUGUGGCACAUAGGAUGAGUACCAUACGCAAUUGUGAUGUUAUUGUUGUGUUAGAUAAAGGGAAAGUGAUUGAGAUUGGAACACAUGAAGCUUUGUUGGCUAAAGGACCUUGUGGAGCUUAUUACUCUUUGGUAAGUCUUCAAACUAAAAACGCAACCACAACCAAAGACACUACUAAUUAAGGUAACAAUAUUCUAUCAACUAAGUGAGCAAAUCAAAUUAACUUCUAGAUGUUUUUGGUGGCUUGCAAUUGCUAUUCCAUUUUUGUUUCAUGGGGAAAAAAUAGCUAGUGAUUGAUAUAGGGAUGUUUUAAAUUGUGUUAUUUUUCUUAUUUGCACUUUGUAUUAUUCACAAAUAAUGCAUAUACAUAUCUAUCAUGUGGAAUCCUUCUUGUAUUUGAUUUAGAUUUUGAAAGAGGUCAUUUUCAUAUACA